GUGAACCUCCCGAACCCAGAGGAAUGGAUAACAUGUGAUUCACUCAUGCCGCGGUGUUGUACUUUGCGGACAGUGUGCAAAAUCUCCUCCAGGCAGCCAGUAAAAUUUAGCCGCCGACUUGUUCGCCAAGGUGCCGUGAACGUUGCCAUUGGCGCUGGAGGCAGCGGAGGGCGGGUCCGCCUGAAGCACGACCGGCGCUGGACAGGUAGUUAACCCGCCUCCCUCACCUGUCUCCCUUACUCGCUGGAGGCGUUGGUUGCAAGUGGCUUUGAAAUGGAUCUGAGGACCAUCGUCACGGUCGAGCCGGUGGUGUUCCUAUACUUGAUGUCCGGCCUUCUCAACUCCUUCGCUGUUCAGCAGUUGGUGUUGGUCAAGGUCUGUGAAGAGCUGCAUUUCGAAAAGGAAGUGUGUAGCAGCUUCUCACACAAUUCGCAGGAAUCGCUCGUGAUUCAAAGCAAAGCCUCGUAUGUUAUGCUACUCUACGUAGCUGUUCUUACCUUCUUGUCCAUACCUAUGUCAAUCCUGCUUGGUGCCUGGUCUGAUCAAGGAGGUCGUAAGCUUGGUAUGAUAUUGCCUUGUGUUGGCGCAUUAAUGGGUGGCGUAACUUUGAUAGUGAUGGCGUGCGUGAAAGAAAUGUCCGUGUACUGGUGCAUUUUGGCGUCUGCUUUGAUCGCAAUCUUUGGAAAUUAUGCUGUUAUUUUUCUCAGUGUCUUCAGUUAUAUUUCUGACAUUACUAAUGUUGAGGAUCGAACCAAGUAUAAUGGCAUUGUAGAAGCAAUGAUUUAUAUCGGGGGGACUGUUGGUUUUCUACUGAGUGGAUGGUUGUUCCAGAGUUUUACCUUAACGUAUUGUUUUGGUGUGUACUGUGGAUCCCAAGUACUGACUAUUUGCUACGUACUUCUGUGGCUGAAAGAGUCAAGUCAUUCCAGUGAACGGAUGCAUUUGUCUGAUGAAACACCUCCGGACAGCACAGAUAGAACCCUAAAAAUGUCCUUGUUAUUAUAUGCCUCAAGAACAUUGAAAACUUUUUCGAAGGCACGAGAAGGACAAAAUCGAUUGAAGCUCUAUCUCAUUUUCUUUUGUGGCACGUUGAUAAGUGUUUGCAACACUGGCGAACAAGCUAUUCUGAUUUUAUUCCUGACGCUCCCACCACAACACUUUUCACCAGAACUAUAUGGAGUGUACAACGCAAUGAAGAUGUUUCUUGGUGGAGCUGUCUUGGUUGGACUCUUUCCACUUCUGUUGCGUUGCAUUAGGGAAAUAACCCUGGCCAAACUGGGGGCAUUGCUGAGAGUGGUUUCUUUCAUCCUGCUCGCAUUUUCCACCAAUACCUGGAUGGCAUUUUUGAGUGCCGUGAUGAAUAGUUUCUCUGGAUUCCCUGGACCGGUACUGCGUUCUAUGGCGUCAAGUGUUGUGGAACAAAAUGAGCAAGGUGCGAUGUAUUCUUGUAUGGCUUCUAUAGAUACAAUCUGUAUUAUAAUUGGGUCAUCUGCAUUUUACGCACUUUAUCCUGAAACACUCUCGACAUUGCCUGGUUUCAGCUUCAUUGUGAUGGCAGGCUUCCAAGUGAUCCUAUUGAUUCUUGUACAAUGGCUUAGUGAAAUACCAACUUCGCAUCAUCCCUUGAUUGACGCUGAGAAUCGCAAUACUACAGAAGAAUGAAGAAGGUCUCGAAAACUAUUCGGGUACUUGGAGUCCGUGACGAGAACAGCGGUCCUUUUGCUGGUCUUGGUGAAGUGGAAUCUAUCACCACAGGAGAGGACAUUUGGCCUUUUGUGCCUGUACUUACAGCUUUCAUCUAAAUGUCACGGGCUAACAGCAAUGAUAUACUUCCAGAAAAUGUUGCGAUUUCUAUUUGUUGAUUCAUUUCAGAGGUUUGGUGCCAUUACUGUUUGGGUAACCGAUAUCUGCCUUCAGGUCAUUGUGUAUGCCAGUCAAAUUUUAAUUAAAAAUAUUAAGUAAUUGUAUUGAAAAUAUGAUAGUUACUUUGUA